AUGACAGUCCCAGCGGCCACUACACCAGCCGGCACUACACCAGCCGGCACCAUGACAGUCCCAGCGGCCACUAAACCAGCCGGCACCAUGACAGUCCAAGCGGCCACUACACCAGCCGGCACCAUGACAGUCCCAGUGGCCACUACACCAGCCGGCACUACACCAGCCGGCACCAUGACAGUCCCAGCCGGCACUACACCAGCCGGCACUACACCAGCCGGCACCAUGACAGUCCAAGCGGCCACUACACCAGCCGGCACCAUGACGGUCCCAGCGGCCACUACACCAGCCGGCACCAUGACAGUCCCAGCGGCCACUACACCAGCCGGGCACCAUGACAGUCCCAGCGGCCACUACACCAGCCGGGACCAUGACAGUCCCAGCGGCCACUACACCAGCCGGCACCAUGACAGUCCCAGCGGCCACUACACCAGCCGGCACUACACCAGCCGGCACCAUGACAGUCCCAGCGGCCACUACACCAGCCGGCACCAUGACAGUCCAAGCGGCCACUACACCAGCCGGCACCAUGACAGUCCCAGCGGCCACUACACCAGCCGGCACUACACCAGCCGGCACCAUGACAGUCCCAGCGGCCACUACACCAGCCGGCACCAUGACAGUCCAAGCGGCCACUACACCAGCCGGCACCAUGACAGUCCCAGUGGCCACUACACCAGCCGGCACUACACCAGCCGGCACCAUGACAGUCCCAGCGGCCACUACACCAGCCGGCACCAUGACAGUCCCAGUGGCCACUACACCAGCCGGCACUACACCAGCCGGCACCAUGACAGUCCCAGCGGCCACUACACCAGCCGGCACUACACCAGCCGGCACCAUGACAGUCCCAGCGGCCACUACACCAGCCGGCACCAUGACAGUCCAAGCGGCCACUACACCAGCCGGCACCAUGACAGUCCCAGCGGCCACUACACCAGCCGGCACUACACCAGCCGGCACCAUGACAGUCCCAGCGGCCACUACACCAGCCGGCACUAUGACAGCCCCAGCGGCCACUACACCAGCCGGCACUACACCAGCCGGCACCAUGACAGCCGCAGCGGCCACUACACCAGCCGGUACUACACCAGCCGGCACCACGACAGUCCCAGCUGCUACUACACCAGCUGGCACUACAACAGCCGGAACCACGACAGUCCCAGCGGCCACUACACCAGCCGGCACCAUGACAGUCCAAGCGGCCACUACACCAGCCGGCACCAUGACAGUCCCAGUGGCCACUACACCAGCCGGCACUACACCAGCCGGCACCAUGACAGUCCCAGCGGCCACUACACCAGCCGGCACUACACCAGCCGGCACCAUGAUAGUCCCAGCGGCCACUACACCAGCCGGCACCAUUACAACCCCAACGGCCACUUCACACGCGGGUACUACAACAUCGGACACUACACAAGCGGACACUACACAAGUGGACACUACACAAGAGUCCACUACACCAGCGGCCACUACACCAGCGGCCACUACACCAGUGGGUACUAUGGGAACUCAAGCAGCCACUACACCAGCGGUCAUUACACCAGCGGCCACUACACCAGCGGCCACUACACCAGCGGACACUACACCAGCGGACACUAUACCAGCGGACACUACACAAGAGUCUACUACACCAGCGGCCACUACACCAGCGGCCACUACACCAGCGGGUAUUAUGGGAACUCAAGCGGCCACUACACUAGCGGCCACUACACAAGCGGACACUGCACCAGCGGACACUACACCAGCGGACACUACACAAGCGGGUACAACACAAGCGAUUACUACACUAGCGGGCACUAUGGGAACUCAAGCGGCCACUACACCAGCGGUCACUACACCAGCGGCCACUACACAAGCAGGUACUAUGGGAACUCAAGCGGCCACUACACCAGCGGGUAUUAUGGGAACUCAAGCGGCCACUACAGCAGCGGCCAUUACACCAGCGGCCACUACACCAGCGGACACUACACCAGCGGACACUACACCAGCGGACACUAUACCAGCGGACACUACACAAGAGUCUACUACACCAGCGGCCACUACACCAGCGGCCACUACACCAGCGGGUAUUAUGGGAACUCAAGCGGCCACUACACUAGCGGCCACUACACAAGCGGACACUGCACCAGCGGACACUACACCAGCGGACACUACACAAGCGGGUACAACACAAGCGAUUACUACACUAGCGGGCACUAUGGGAACUCAAGCGGCCACUACACCAGCGGGUACUAUGGGAACCGGUUACUACACCAGCGGCCACUACAGCAGCGGUCACUACACCAGCGGCCACUACACCAGCAGCCACUACACUAG